UAUUGAUGCCACCGUCCAAUUUAAGAUUAUAGAAUACUUUCGGCCAGUUUAUUUUCGAAGUCCCAUGUGAUGAAUUUCCAAUUCCCUGUGAUUCAGUUCCUCGAAAUUCUCCUUCCUUUGCUUUCAAAACUUCAUUUUUUAAUUUUUGAGUACUAUAUUCUUUUUCCAUUAAAUUUUUCACUUCCUCAUUAUUUCCAGUCUUGUCCUUAUUUGUAAUUUUUUGCUUUGAUUUAAAAGUUUCCCCAAGCUUUUGAUUUGGAGGAUCUUCAUUUAACAAUUUAUGAGCGUUUGUUCGCCGCUUUACGGCCAACAAACGUUCCAAAUUCGCACCUAUUUACUGAAAGACUAUCACUCAUUAAUUGCGAGACUACUUCUCUCACAUAAGCUUUUGAUAUCUCACAAAUUUCCGGGCCCGAACUCUCACCUACUUCCUUCUUCAGACAUUGACCCCUCGAUUUUUGACCCCUCGAUUUUGGUGACUGACAUUGACCCCUCGAUUUUGGUGACUGAUCUAGAAUUCACUGAUAACCUUCAAGCGUCCUAUAUACAACGUAAAAGAUUACAUUUUUGUUCAAAUUGUAGGCUCGUUUCACAAACAAAUGUCUCCGUUUCUUUAUUUUCACAAUUAUCAAUCUGUGUAUUAAUAAAUUCCUUUAUUCCAUUAUUAUCAGUUUGUACGUUUUUUAAUUUUGAAAAAUCAUAUUGUAGAAGUUCCUUUUCAUUUUUCUUUUUUUCACUAUACCUCCGUCUAUAUUCUAGAACUUUUUCCUCAUUAUUAAUUUUCCAAUUUCGUUUAUAUUCUAGCAGUUUUUCCCUAUUAUUCUUUGCCCAUUUUCGAUUUAAUUCUCUUUUCCUUUCUCUAUUCAUUUUAGACAAUUUUUUAUUUCUUUCAAGAUACAUUUCUUUAUAA